UUACAAACCCUGGAAGAGCCGAGGACGGUGGGCGUUGAUUAAUCUUCUACCCCUAUUGUUAUCGACCUAUUCCUUCUCCACCAACUCAUCUGCUGUUGAAAACCAAACCAUUAUUGUUUUAACACAUGGUCAUAAAAGGCUACUGAUGUUGACGGAACUCCGUCGUAACACGGGGAAUUAAGGGCCUAUAUACAACUCUUCUAGGAGCCUUACCCUUUACCCCUUGAAACUUAUCUAGGUCACCAUCAACCAGAUUCGCAGAACAUGGCAAGCAUACAAGACCUGUUGUCACCCACUGUCGACCAAGGUUCCAAAGAGACGGGAGCGAAGGGACAAGACACAUUCUCUGGAAUCGAGGAUGUGCAAGAGACGACACACUUUGUGGUGGAGUUCAUCUUAGAUGUGGUUUGCCCGUACUGCUACAUCGGCUUCAAGAACCUGACCGCCGCCAUCGCGACUUACACGGCAACCCACCCAGAGGCAACCUUCGAAGUGGUUUGCUCGCCGUACCUGCUCGAUCCGCUGGCCACUCGAAGCGCAUACGACAAGUCGACGUACCUCAACAGCCCGAAGCAUAGCCCCGAGCACUGGCGCGAGUUGGGCCGGCAGGCCGGCAUCGACUUCACCUGGGAGGGGCGCACGGGGAGCACGCGCGACGCGCACAAGCUGCUGCGGUACGCGCUCGAACCGACGCCCACGACGGCGCGGAGCACAGCCUUCGCCUCGCGAAAUCGCAAUGUGGGACAGAACCAGUCGUCGCCGCCUCCUCCAGCACCGGCGCCGGGAAGCGGGGCCGGGCCCAACGGGAUCCACUCGUCCUCUUCCUCUUCAGAACCGCUGCGGCGCGGCCCGGCGCUGCAACUGCGCAUGCUCUCCGCGCUCCUGCACGCGCACCACGAGACCAGCGCGGAUAUAUCCUCGCCAUCCUUCCUCACCUCUCUCUUCUCCUCCUCCUCCUCUCCCAACUUUCCCAACUUUCCCCUCCCCAACCACGCCAACCACGCCAACCUCGACCUAACCCCCUCCACCGUCCACGCCCUCCUCGAAGACCCAUCCUGGGACCGCGCCAUAGAAGCGCUGUCCGCGGACGCGCGCGAGCGGCCCGGGCUCUCCGUGCGCGCGGUGCCGACUUUCGUCGUGAACGACCGGUACGUGAUCGGCGGGGCGCAGAGCGUGGGGUUUCUGCUUGAUGUUUUCGCACGGAUAGGUGCUGGGAGGGGGUUUAGGGAUGGUGUCGGGGUGGGGGAUGCGGAGACGGGGAUAGGGGAAGGGGAAGGGGGAGGAACGGCCGGGGAGGGGGGCGUGCGCGCGCGCGAGAGAUUUUAUGAGGAGGGGGGUGGGCGGGGAGGGUCGUCGGUUGUGUAGGUAGGGAUAUAUAGGGGAGGUGAGGUCUGGGAGGAGAGAAUGUUGGCGAGGCGGCGUGGAGGGCUGGUGGGGUGUAAUAUGUAUGUAUGGAUCUGUGGAGCAUAUCGUCGACUUCGAAAGAUACUGGAGAUGGUCUAGCAGGGAGGUUGGAUCUCUUGAGAGGGGAUGGUCAACAUAUAGGGUGCCUAUCUUGGUAGUCAAGAAACAGGCUUGGGAUAUCUAGCAUCAGGUCAUACCUAGCUACCUGCCUAGGGCAAGGAGCGGCUCAGAAACCUUGGGAUAAGAGGGUAAAGGGAUUGGAUCGCUUAGUAUGGAUACCACAAGUUAGCAUAUGCAAUUCUUCAUAAUCGGACUUACAUUACUUUGUACGAAUCUUUUUCGUUCGUUUAUUGGUUUUGGGCUAUAAUUUGAAGUCACCUUUUGCUUCGACCGGACUGCUUAGCCUGGAUAACAUAUGGAACUUUCCUGUGAACAACAGGGAGAGCAAGUCAUGAGAGAAGGAGGGAUAAAGGAGUAAAACGAAAUGACUUGAAAAAGCGUCGCGUUCAUCUGCCACGGUAGUAACGGGGUAAAUCAGAAUCUAAGUCACAUCAU